AUGACCCUGGCCACCGCCCGUAUGAUUGCUACGCUUACUGCGCAACUGGAGCUCCCCUCCGCCAUUGUCACGAGCUGCGACGUCUCUCGCGGGACGCGACUCAUCGACUUCACGGCUUCCCCUUCGACACGACCUUUCCCGGUUGCUCCGGCGACGACACGACCACUCCGGCGGCGGUUCCUCCUGCGACAUCUAUUCCGGUUGUUGGGAAAACGCGCAGUGGUACAAAACGUGCUCACGCGGAGCCGGCCACGACUACGCAAUCCACUACGGAGGAUCCUCGGCCUCAGCCCCGUCGUCGUGGUCGUCCCAAGGGUACAGGCAAAGUCACCUACGAGGCGGCGGAGGUUGCGUGUCGAGGAGUGCGCGCAGAAGAAGACUCGGUGCAGUUUUGCGGAUGAAAAGGGCAUGCAAGUGGAGAGUACCGGGGAGUCGGAGGACAUGGGUGAGGUGGUAGCGACCGGACCGCAGGGGAGCCCCAAGAAACCUCGCCUGCAUCUGGAUAGUGUAACCAAAGUCGAGGUCCCUCCCCGCCCUCGUCCCAAGGGGAAGGGCAAGGCCACUGCGUCAGCCGACGUGCCUUCCGCCACGCAAGGGCCUUCCGCGGCUCAUUCAUCCAAUCCGCCACCGGUCGCGCCUAGUCCCGCCGUAUCCCUUCUUGAGCUCGGCCCGGAGGUAUUUCCUGUCUCUCGUACGCCCAGCUCCGACCACUCGCUGCUCUCGCUGCUUCCCCGUGCUGACCAGUCGGCGGAGCAAAUAUCUCGGCUCGCGCGAUCCGUCGUUGAGCUGCGGGAGCAGUCACUCACUAUGCGGGAGAGCUCCUUGAGGCUGCGCGAGGAGACGGCGGAAUUGCGGCGCGGAGUGGAUGAUGUGCGGAGGCAGCAGCUAGAGCUCCGCGGCGCUAUCGAGGAGGUACGCGAGGAGAUUCGACAACUCCGCGUCGAGCAAGGUAAUGUGGUGAUGGAUCUGGGCCUCUUGCGCUCCCAUUCGCAGGUUUCGUUCCGGACCCUGCAAGAGGAGACUCAAGGGUUAGAUCGCCGCCUUGCUGUUGUGGAGGAGAGUCUCGGCUUGUCCGAACGGCCGCCUGGCACUGAAGGGAGUCCUGAAGUCGAGGAGGAUGCCCAUGGCUCGACUCCGGGGUCCUCCGCGUCGUAA